AUGGAUCUAAGUCCGAAGCAAGGUGGUGCUGAUGGAGGGGUAGAUGGCGAGAUGGACGACCCGAAUCAGCUGGAGGUUGUACUAUACCCCGAGUCCAGCCAUCGCCGCAAGUCGUCACUGGUCAUGGCGGACGACCCCAACACCCGCCCCAACCUCUCGUUCCCAGAUGAAACCACGGCAUGCUUCGUCCAUUCCCUGAUCGCGGGCGAAUGGGGGGACCCGACCAACCGGAUCAAGGAGGUCAAGGGCUACACGGCCAAGGACAACGAGGCGUUGAACGAGGAGGGCGCGACCGCCGACGAGGACGACAGCGAGAACGACAUGACGGUGGCCGAGAAGGCCAUGAUGCAGUCGCGCCACCUGACCAAGAAGCAGCUCUCGGACAUGGCGUGGAACGUGCGCAAGCUGUCGAAGAAGCUGGACAGCGUCAAGCUCCGGCUCACGGUCAAGACCGUGUUCCUGGUGACCAAGGCCGGCGACCAGUCGGUCAUCGGCUCGACGCGGGAGGUCGCCCGCUGGCUCCUGUCCCGGGAGCGCGACACGCCGUACACCGUCUACGUGGAGAAGCGCCUGGAGUCGGACCCGGAGUUCGGCGCGGCGCAGCUGCUCCACGACGAGCCCUCGGCGAGGCAUCGCCUCAAGUACUGGGACCACGACCUGGCCGCGGAGCGCGCGCACCUGUUCGACUUCGUCAUCACGCUGGGCGGCGACGGCACGGUGCUCUUCACCAGCUGGCUGUUCCAGCACGUCGUGCCCCCCGUGCUGUCCUUCUCGCUGGGGUCGUUGGGCUUCCUGACCAAGUUCGACUUCAACGACUACCAGAACACCCUGACCACCGCCUUCAAGGAGGGCGUCGUGGUCAACCUGCGGCUGCGAUUCGAAUGCACGAUCAUGCGCAGUAACCCGCUACCGGACGGCUCGCCGGCGAACGCCAGGAAGCGGGAUCUUGUGGAAGAGUUGAUCGGGGAGGAGGCCGAGGAUACGCUGACCCAUAGGCCGGACAAGGUCUUGCAAAUAUUGAACGAUGUUGUCCUGGAUAGGGGGCCCAAUGCGACAAUGUCCUCGAUUGAGCUGUUUGGCGACGACGAGCACUUCACCACCCUCCUUGCCGAUGGCGUCUGUAUAGCUACGCCCACCGGGUCAACUGCGUACAACCUCGCAGCGGGGGGCUCUCUAUCGCACCCGGAUAACCCGGUCAUACUGGUGACCGCAAUCUGCGCGCACACACUAUCGUUUCGACCUAUUAUACUACCAGAUACCAUCGUCCUUCGUAUGGGCGUGCCGUACGAUGCCAGAGCUAGUUCGUGGGCCAGUUUCGAUGGCAGAGAAAGGAUUGAAUUACAUCCAGGAGACUACGUGACCGUAUCGGCAUCACGGUACCCAUUUGCCAAUGUCCUGCCCAAGGGCCGACGAGGUGAUGACUGGGUGCACACGAUCUCGAAGACAUUAAAUUGGAACUCGAGACAGAGGCAGAAAUCGCUGGACCCACCACAUGAAGAGAAGGGUGGUAAAUAA